UUUGUGAACAAGCGGCUUGAAUCGUAAACAUUUAGCAGUACAUGAUGCCUCCAAAUGUCACGAAAAAAGGGUUUACUUGUUAGUCAUGAGAAUUUUUAUUAUUAGGUCACAGACCGUAGAGGGUGUUGGCAAUAACUCAACCGGAACUAAAUGGCACGAGAGAUUACAGAAACUGUCAUAACUGAAUGAUUCAGUGUUUAAAAAGAUGUUUUAGGUUCCAAUCAAAUUUUCCAAGAUUUCGUCCUGAAAAUUGACUUUUUCGAGAACAUUGCCAUCACAAUUAGGUUUCAUACAUGAAAAUGUUCCGAAGUCGGAGAAUUAUCCUUGAACAAUAUGACAGAUAUUUCAAGAGGUUGAUAACAAACAGAACAGGCGCUAAAGUGCUAAAUAAGAAAUCUGCGUUAUUGUCAGCCUUAAGUUUUGGUUCUAAAGUAAAAAUUUCUAACUCCUCUCGCGAUUUGUUGUCCCCUCUGAUCGCCGUUCGUGGAAAUGUGGAAAUUUUGGCAAAAUUUUACAAUGUAUCGUAACCGCGUUUUCGUGAGAAAAGUAACCAACAUCGAUUUCAAUCUGUCCAUCAGAUACCUAAUAAGGUCAAGAGUAUUGUAAUCGGUUCACAAAAGCGCGGUUUGAGACCGGCGUUUUAAAAAUCUGUAAACACUUCCCAACGAGAGAGCAAUUACAGCGGAGUGGGUUAACAACGCUUUGCAUACUGUCUGAAAGAUUUCGUAGAAAAGGGUAGCAUUAUCAAAGCAAAAUGUCCGGUAAAACAAAAUCAAAAAAGGCUGGUUCCAAGAAGAAGGCCCAGAGAGCAACUUCCAACGUGUUUGCCAUGUUCGAUCAGCAGCAGAUUCAGGAGUUCAAAGAAGCGUUCAGCAUGAUCGACCAAGAUCGCGAUGGAUUCAUCAAGGAUACCGAUCUGAAGGAUAUGUUUAACUCGCUGGGUAAGGAAGAGUCUAACAGUUACAUCGAUGACAUGUUGAGCGAAGCGUCCGGGCCGUUGAAUUUCACCAUGUUCCUGACGCUGAUGGGCGAGAAACUGAAUGGUACAGACCCUGAGGAUAUGAUCCGAAAUGCAUUCGCCUCGUUUGAUAUGGAUGGCAAGGGAGUACUGAACGAGGAUAAGCUCCGACCCUUAUUGAUGGGAAUGGGAGAAAGGUUCACAGACGAUGAAUGUGAUGAGAUGUUCCGUCUAGCGAACGCUGACGACGAUGGAAACUUCAACUAUCUGGACUUUGUUAAAACAAUUAAACAUGGCGCAAAGGACGACUAAACAUGGAUGACGAGCGAUGAAAUAUAUUUUUCUUAGAAGAAUACAAUGUUUCUUUUCCAUAGCAGUACUUAAUACUCGGAAAUAUGGAUAUUCUACACUAUAACUGUUGUUUUGAAUUUUUUUUCAACUGCUAUUUCUUAACCUAUAAUUACAGUCAAAAAUUGAGCCGGAAGAUGGAGUCUUGUUAGAAUGUUAAACUUGUGUUUAAGAUAAGAGAAAAUAAAAAUGUCUCGACAUCUU